UGUCACUCGGCUCCCCGGGACCUUUGGGGCAGCUUCUGAGGGCGGGGACGAGUUCACGCGGUUUAGUCAUUGCUGGAGGUCGUCGCACGGGUAAUGAGGAGCGCCAUGUCGCCGACUCCAGCUGCAGCCCAGGCUUCUGUGUCGGUCUCCCUGUUUGACCUCAAGGCGGAUACUCCGGUCCUUCAGGGCCUGCGCCUGGUGAGCCACGCUCCCGGGGAGGCUCUAGCCCAGGCUCUGCAGGUUUCCUGUCCAGGUUCAGGGGAGAGAAUAAGCCCAGAAAGAAAACCACUCCAGGGUCCUCUGGAUAUUUCAGAGAAGUUGUUCCAUUCAACCUGUGACCAGACCUUCCAGAACCACCAGGAACAGAGGGAACAUUAUAAGCUUGACUGGCAUCGGUUUAACCUAAAGCAGCAUCUCAAGGACAAGCCUCUCCGGUCUGCCCUGGACUUUGAAAAGCAGAGCUCCACAGGAGAUCUUUCCAGCAUCUCAGGAUCAGAAGACUCGGACUCAGCCCGUGAGGAGGACUUGCAGAUACUGGAGGAGGAGAGGGCUGAGUUUGAGAAGCCUGACUGACCCCGAGGCUUCCACCCGCAUCGGGUUCUUUUCCAGAAUGCCCAGGGCCAGUUUCUUGAUGCCUAUUGCUGUGUCCUAGGCCCUCGCCAGGUGCCCCCAGAAGCAGCAGAAGUGCUGCUACAAAACCUGAAAAGCGGAGGUCCCAGGGACUGCGUGGUGCUCAUGGCUGCCGCUGGGCACUUUGCUGGUGCUGUUUUCCAAGGACAAGAAGCGUUGACACACAAAACCUUUUACUGCUACACAGUGCGGGCCAAGUGGGGCACAGCCCAGGGGCUUCGGGAUGCCUGGGGUGCGGCUUCCCGCUCUGCUGGAGCCAACCUGAGGCGCUACAGUGAAGACAUGCUAUAUAAGGAUGUUCGUGACCUGCUGGCAGGGCCAGACUAGGCUAAGGUGCUGGAGAAGGCUGGGACGAUACUGAUGCGUGCACCCCGCUCUGGCCGGUCCUUGUUCUUUGGAGGCCAUGAGGCUCCCCUGCAACGGGAUCCCCGACUUUGGGAUAUCCCCCUCGCUACCCGCAGACCCACCUUCCAAGAGCUACAGCGUGUGCUCCAUAAGCUGACCACCUCGCAUGUCCACGAAGAACACCCCCGGGACAGGUUGGAUUUACCUCAGACAAACUGGAAGACAAUGAGAGGAAGGAAGGCCAUUGAGGAAGAAAGAAAGGUCCGCAGUGAUGAAAAUGAGGCACUCGGGCGGAAUGCGGAAGCUCCCAAACAGGGUUCAGAGUCAGAGGGAGAGGAUGGCUCCCAGGUAGAGUUGGAGCUAGUAGAGGUGACACUGGGGUUGCUGGAUCUUUGUGAAUUUGAGGUAUUGCCCAAGCAGAGGAGGAGAAAAUGGAAUAAAAGGGAGAGAAACCAAGACCUGGAGGCUGGGGCGCAAAUGACUCUUUCCCAGCAACCUCAAGAAGAUGAGGCCUUUUCAGAGUCAGCCCCUUUGGGGCCUUCCCCAGAUGAGGCCAAGUCCCCUGGUCAGCCGGAGCUCUGGGAUGUGCUCUUGGCUGCUUGCCAAGCUGGAGGGGGGAUGCUGAAGCUCCGGCUAGCUGCCAGCCCCCUAGACCCUGGAGUUCUGUCUCUGCUCAGUGCCCCCUUGGGCUCUGGUGGCUUCACCCUCCUGCACGCAGCCGCCACAGCUGGGAGAGGCUCAGUAGGUGAUGUUGAACUCAUUUUUUGGGUUUUCGCACCUAGGGACUCCCGGACCCGGCCACCGUACACGGUUGCAGCUGACAAAUCAACACGUGAUGAGUUCCGGAGCUUCAUGGAGAAGAAUCCAGAUGCUUAUGAUUACAGCAAAGCUCAGGUGCCAGGGCCACUGACAGCAGAAAUGGAGGCGCGGCAGGCCAUUCGGAAAAGGGAGCGGAAGGCCGCCCGGCGGCACCGGCAGGAGCAGCAGUGGGAGCAAGGAGAGCAGCGGAGAUUUGCUGCCCUCAGCGACUGAGAGAAGGGAGCUCUGGCUGCAGAGCACCGACUAGCUGCCCGUUUGGGAGCCCCUACCCCUCAGGUCCCUGACCCUGCCAUCAUCAGUGUUCGACGCUACCGGAGCUGUGGGACAUCCCUCCAAGGCCUCAUAUUCCCUUUCACUACUUUGACUUCUUUCCUCUCCACACGCUGCCUCCAGGAUCAUCGCUGUCGGGCUGGGAAGCCCUCUUCCUGAUCUCUUACAGCUCCACCUGGGGCCAACUCUAGGCUCUGAGAGGGCACAUACACACUGGCCCCCUCUGGUUUCUUCUUCCCCACGAAACCAGAGAGUAUUUGGAAGAUUGAGGUGAGGGACAUUCAGGAACCAGGGCCAUAGAGGUGUGUGGAGCUGGUACUGGCUCUUGAAUUUUAAUCACAAUGAAGUUUGGCAAGGAAACUGCACUUGUACUUACAUUCAGACCUGUGGCCUUUGUUUCCUUACGGUCACCAUGACUAGCACCAAGGGAUCCUGCCCACUACAUGUCCCAGGUCCAAGGGUUGCCUUUCUUUCAGUGCCCACUUAACUCCAUUGGUUCAGAGGCACUUUCAGCUGAGAGGGAACAGAUGUGUGUCUUAUGCACAGUGGCAUUGAGGAUAGGCCUAUCCAGGAAUUGGAUUUGGGGCCGAAGAGGCACAUUUUCUAGCUCCAGCAACGUGAUUUUGUUGAGGGCUCCCCUAGGAAACAGCAGGGGUCUUGGCACGUAGAGGGUCUGUUGUGGCCCCCUCUUUGUCCAGUAGCGGCCCAGGUUAAACCCAUUGAUCCAGACUUGGCCCUGGGGAGAAGGAAGGAGAGGAAUAUAAAGGAUCAGCUCUCAAAGGGGUAGAAUUGUCCCCUUUGGGGUUUCUAAUCAGAGAAAUAAUUUCUGCUCUCCCUCCUUCCAAGAUUUUCCUCUCUUACCACCCUACUCCCCAGCCCCAGCCUCACUGUCAGCAAUACCUUGGUCCAUCCAGGUAGAAAGAGAAAUGUGUCCCCGCCUGAGUCUAAAAUUGGGAAGGUUGUAGAGUAGAAGGUGGGGCCAGAGGGAGUUUGAGGAUGUGAGCUUUUCAGCAACUGGUUGGGAAACCGCCACUUUACAAGAUUAUCAACUUUCAGAGGGAACAUCAGCCACUGGGUAAGGACCGUUUGCCCCAGAAUUGGUGGCUCCAAUAGGCCCUGUGAAGAAGGCAAAUGAAAAUUCAUCAUUCUCUAAGUUCUAAGGCCAAACUAUCCCUACUCAAGCCCUGGGAUGCAACUAGUGGCCAUGUCCAGAUCCCCACAAGCUGCUACUUUGCUGCCUAAGCCCUAAGGACAUAACUUUUUUUUUUUUUUUUUAUGGUACACGGGCCUCUCACUGUUGUGGCCUCUCCCGUUGCAGAGCACAGGCUCCGGACGCGCAGGCUCAGCGGCCAUGGCUCACGGGCCCAGCUGCUCCACUGCAUGUGGGAUCUUUCCGGACCGGGGCACAAACCCACGUCCCCUGCAUUGGCAGGCAGACUCUCAACCACUGCGCCACCAGGGAAGCCCAGGACAUAGCUCUUGUUUAUCUUCUAUUAGGCCCCUAUCUUUCCAAGGGUGUUCGGUCAAUAAGAAUAUUGGGGGGUGGGAAUUCCCUGGUGGUCCAGUGGUUAAGACACUGCGCUCCCAAUGCAGGGGGCCUGGGUUCAAUCCCUGGUCAGGGAACUGGAUCCUGCAUGCCACAACUAAAGAUUCUGCAUGCUGCAACUAAAAAAGAUGCCAUGUGCUGCAACAAAGAUCCCACGUGCAGCACGUAAGGCCUGGCGCAGCCAAAUAAGUAAAUAAAUAAUUAAAAAAAUGAAAUUAAAAAAAAAGAGUAUGGGGGCAAGGGAGUGGGCAUAGCUAGCUCACCUUGAAGUCACUGCUGUUAGACCCGAAACUGAGCCUCCCCAUGUUCUCCAGCAAGACAUCCAGUUUGGCCCCCUUUUUCCCCGUCAAAAAUAGGUUGUGUUUCAUGUUUCGUUCCAAAACACCCUGAAACACCUGUGGAUAAGAGUAUCUGUGAAAGGGAGGAGCUCAGCAUCUAGCCUGUGGCCACCACACAGGAAGCCACAUAAGGACACUGAUUUAGAGGGCAAAGAGAAUGUAGCCCUUCUGUCACUUAUCCAUUCAUAAUGGAACCUUAUCCUUAGUCAAACUCUUCCUCAUCCCAGCUUAUCCCCUCAAAUGUGAGCAGGCAGUGGGAAAAGGUAGAUAUGGGAAAUUUAAGACUAAAGUGUGCUGGGGAGGAGAGGAAAUGGGCUAAGAGAUAGCCUGGUAUUAGGUUCUCACCCCAUCCACCAUCACGUAGGCACGGUCAUGGACUCCAUUGUUUGGCACCCAGAAUUGUGCUGGCUCAGAAACAGUAUGGAUCAGAUAGGUCCGGUACAACAUAUACCCAUGGUCCUGGGUGUGUAAGAAUAAGUUUAUAAGCUGAGAGAUAAGAAAGGAUACUGUGGGGAAGAUGCAUAGCUGAGGGAACACCCGGUAUAGCUGUUGCCAUAACCACCAGAUGGGGGAUUAUGCUUUACCUGGUUGACAGCCUCAAAGGUCAUUGGCAGGAUUGAAUGGAUGGGCCCUUGGGGACAUAGGAAGUCUAGGAAAGCCAGCAAAUUCCCAUCCUGUUAGAAUAAGGGGAAAGUAUCAGAAUAUGAGGGAACUUUCAGAAUAGAGGGUAGGACAGGCUGGGCUAUUUAGAGAAUAAAGGGGUAGAAUUAGAGAGUAAUGGAGAGAAGCUUACCAGGUGUAGGCUCAAAGGUCCAAGCAUCAUCUUGGGGCUGGGGGGAGGUAAAGGUCCCAAGGGAACUUCCUGGAACUGAGACCAAAUUCUCUCAGGAACCAUAGGAAAACCACACAAAGAACCCCUAUUCCAAGACCCUAGUGCAGGGUUCUUAACUGGGGGUCCAGGGAAGGGCUUCAGGGGUCAUGAAGGUUCUGUAAUUUUACAUAUAUUUGUGUGUAUCUCCCCAGGGAAUCCCAUUUGGGUGGGUGAGAAAUGCUGCCAUAGGGUGCUCAGAGGGCUCUCUGGCCCAGACAACAACCACUGAUUUAUGGGAUCCCUUUACAAACAAUUUGGGUACUCCCUCCCCCCAAAUUAAUAAAAGCUUUCGGUGCUUAAUGAA